AUGGUUGCUCCUGCUUAUCAUGAAAGUUCAUAUGUUGAUCAUGAGUUAUCAGCUAAUUUAGAUUCUACUUUUGCCUUUGAAGGUCCAGAAAAGUUAUUAGAAAUUUGGUUCUGGUCCUCCGAUAAGGAUUUACCAAGUGGAAUUAAUGAAGAAGGCUUAAGAUGUAUUCCUUUAGAAAAAUGGCAAACCAUCUUAGAUUUGGUCAACUGUAAGAUUUUAUCAAUGAAAUCUUCAAAGUUCAUGGAUGCUUAUUUAUUGAGUGAAAGUUCAUUAUUUGUAUUUCCUCAUAAAGUCAUUUUGAAAACUUGUGGUACGACUACAACUUUAGCAUGUCUUGAAAAGUUAUUUGAAACUGUUAAUGAACAUGUUAGAGUUAAUAGUAAAUUUAGUAAAUUGAAAAGUUCAACCAUUUAUAAGAUUUUUUAUUCCAGAAGGUCUUUUAUGUUCCCUGAUAAACAAAUCCAUGUUCAUAGAGAUUGGAAAGAUGAAGUUCAAUUAUUGAAUGAACAUUUUGCUCAUGGUAAAUGUUAUAUUGUAGGAGAUUUCAAUAGUGAUGAUCAUUGGUAUUUGUAUGUUGGAGGUGAAGAUUCAAAUGAAUCAUGUGGUCCAAAGCCCAGCAGUCACCAUCAUGAACAUUAUCAUGAUCAAACGUUUGAGAUUUUAAUGACAGAAUUAGAUCCUGAAUGUGCUCAUAAGUUCAUUACUAGUAGAAAACCUGGUGUUGCAUCAUUAAUUAAGAGUGGUGUUGAAGAGCAUGAUUUAGGUCAUGAUGUUGGAAUUGAAACCAUGGAAGAAACUGGAUUGAAUGAAAUCUUUGAUGAUCAUGAAGGUAAAGGUCGGGAUAAAUUUGAUUUUAUUCAUGAUGCUUUCUCAUUCACUCCAUGUGGUUAUUCAUCCAAUUCAAUUACAUCCAAUGAAGCAGGAUAUUAUUAUACAUUACAUAUUACUCCUGAAUCAGGAUGGUCUUAUGCUUCAUUUGAAACCAAUUAUCCUUUUGGUAGUAAGAAUUCUGUCGAUGUAAUUGAUGUCAUGAUGAGAGUUUUAAAAAUCUUUGAACCAAAGAAAUUUUCAAUGACAUUAAUAAGUGAAGAUGUCAAUGAUAGUACUUGUGAUGCAGUAUUCAAUAAGUUACAGAAUUGUCAUCAAGUUUUGAAAGAACAUGACUAUGUUAAAGUUGAACGUGUCUUAUAUGAUUUAAAGAACGAGUACAAGUUGUUGUAUUUGAACUUUAAAAAAGUCAAGAACUGA